AUGGGGGAAGACGGUAAACACCAUGCAGACUUUACAAAUUUCAGUGGCGUUAGCAGAAGAGAAUCUUUAGAGCAAUUGUUAACUUCUUACGAAGCUUUAGCGGAUGGUCAAAACAAUUGGGUUUGCAACCUCGCCAAUGCUUCUUCACUACUGUGGCACGCCUACAAGUCUUUGCCACUAGACAUCAACUGGGCUGGAUUCUACGUUCGAGACAAAAAGGACAAAGAACAGCUCAUUCUUGGACCAUUUCAGGGUAAAGUUGCUUGCCAGACUAUCAAGAAUGGUAAAGGUGUAUGUGGUAUGGCUGCUUCUACUGGAACCUCACAAGUUGUCCCAGACGUGAACAAGUUUCCUGGUCACAUUGCUUGCGAUGGAGAAACGAAAAGCGAAAUUGUGGUUCCACUUGUAGAUGGGAACGGCAACUGCCUUGGGGUUAUAGACAUCGACUGUCUGGAGUAUGAGGGAUUUACCAAUCUUGACAGGGAAUAUCUGGAGCGGUUGGCAGCAUUGAUUAUCCGUACAUGCGACUUUGAAUAA